AUGCCCACCAACUACGUGAACUUCAAGGGCGCAGCGGACUUCCGCAUGCGCCUGAUAUGCGCAACUCUGGGCAGCCGUGCGCUCAGGUGCGUCCCGGCCGCCCCUCGCCGUCACCGCCCCUUCGUCGCGCGCCAGUCCCGGACAUCUGAUGAGAAGGCGCCUCGCCGCCGCCGCCGCCGUCACCUAACCGUCGCCCGUUCCCUCCCCGCGACACCCCGCAGGAUCGACGACAUCCGGGUCAACGACCAGAACCCCGGCGUGAGGGACUACGAGGCAUCGCUGCUUCGCCUGCUGGACAAGCUGACGAACGGCAUGAAGGUUGAGAUCAACGAGACGGGCACCACGCUCAAGUACAAGCCCGGCAUCGUGACGGGAGGCAGGCGCAUCUCGCACGACUGCGGCACCGCGCGCGCGAUCGGAUACUUCCUCGAGGUGGUGAUUCCGAUCUGCCUCUUCGCGAAGAAACCGGUUGACCUCACCCUGACCGGCAUAACCAACGACGAGACGGACGUCUCCGUCGACACCAUCCGCACCGUCACGCUGCCGAUGAUCAAGCGCCAGUUCGGCGUCGACGACGGGCUCGCGCUGACCAUCGUCAAGAGGGGGGUCGCGCCGGGAGGCGGCGGCGAAAUCAACAUCAAGCUCCCCAUCGCGAAGGAGCUCAAGAACGUCGACUGGACCGACGAGGGUAUGGUGAAGAGGGUGCGCGGGGUGGCGUUCACGCUGCGAGUCUCGCCGCAGACGGGGAAUCGCCUCGUGGAUGCGUCGCGAGGCGUGCUCAACGAUUUCCUCCCCGACGUGUACAUCUUCACGGACCACCACCCGGGCGAUGCGAAGAACGGGCAGCGAAACAAGACGUCCCCGGGGUUCGGGCUUAGCCUAGUGGCCGAGACCACGACCGGGUGCCUUCUCAGCGUCGACUGCGCGAGCACCUCUGGAUCUGCGGCAAAGGAGGCCGGUCACUCGAUUUUCCAAGUUGACGAGAACAGUGGCAGCAGCAGCGACGAGGAUAGCGAUGACUAUAGCCAGGAGUCGGGUAGCGACGAUAGCGACCAGGAGGAGGAGGAUGACGAGGGCAGCGACGAGGACGAGGAAAUGGAGGAGGAAGAUGACGACGAGGAGAAGGAUGAGGAGGAAAUGGACAGCGACGAGGAUGAUCCGGCGGCUGCGGAGGAGGCGGAGAGGGAGCGUAGACGCGAAGAGAAGGAAAAGAGGAGGGAGCACAGGGUCGAGUUUAAGGCCCGGAUGGAGCGUGCCAAGGGCGGUGUGAUGGUCCCCGAGGACCUGGGUAAGACGAUCACGGAGGCGCUGGUCGCGGAGAUUGCCCGGGGAGGCGUGUGCGACAGCACGCACCAGCCGCUUGUGCUGCUCCUCAUGGCCAUCGGGCCUGACAUGCUCACCAAAGCCCGGCUCGGACCGCUCACGCCGAGGGCGAUCCAGACGCUGCGGAUCAUCAGGGCUGUCCUGGGGGUGACUUUCAACCUCGAGGAGCAGCCGCAGACCGGCACGGUGAUGUGCAUGACGGUCGGCGCUGGUAUCAAGAACAUCGCUCGCAGGGCAACCUAG